AAAGACCCGAAGUCACGAAUAGAGCUCCACUGAACACCAAUGUGUGUGUUUUUUAAGCCUUAGCCACCAAUGUAUUUUAAUAUGCUAUAGGCCCCUGCCCCCUAUAGGCCCCUAUUCUCUAGGGCCCCAAUGUGUUUUUUUAACUUGUAAGGGUGGCCCUGGCGCCAAUGAUUUUAAAAAAAAACUUUUAUGGGGUCCCUGGCGCCAAUGUUUUGUUUUGUUUUUUUAAAAACUUUUUUUAACUUAUAGGGGGGCCUUGAUCAUCAAUUACUUUUUAGAACUUGUGUGUGUGGGGGAUUGCCGUUUUUAGCACUGAUAUUGGUGUGGGCGGGAUCUGGGAUGAGGCUUGGGGGCUGGGACCUCGUAUAACAAAACAACAAUUUUGUUGUACGGGGCUCAGUGAUUUCAAAUGGCUGCCCUGAGGCCUGACAGUGGAAUGAGGAACAGAUGAAAGAAGCAGUCAUAUAGGAAAACAUUACCAAAUCAGAGCCUGGUAUUUUUGAAGAGCUACAAGAAAAACCAGACAAAGCAGUUUAUUUACCUGGAAGACUGGCUGAAACACGAACGAUUGCACAGGUUGGUGGAACCCUGACAGAGUUGUCCAUACACAGUGCAGCCCCAGACAACCAAUGUCAAGAGAAGACAAGGAAGAGCAGGAGGAUGAACUGCUAGCACUCACUAGUAUAUACUCAGAAGAUGAAUUCAAGAGAUCGGAGACUGCGCCAGGAGGGGAAAUUUGUGUUUGUCUGGAUCUUCCUCCAAACUUUAACGUGGCUAUAAAAAGUGACAGUGCAUCUAAUGAAUACAUCGGAAGCUUUGAGGGUAUUGUCUCUUUCCUACCUCCUAUCAUACUGAACUUUGAGCUGCCUCCAGGAUACCCAUCCACUAAACCUCCAGCCUUCACACUUAGCUGCAAGUGGCUUUCUCCAAGCCAGCUUACCCAUCUGUGUCAUCGAUUGGAUGAGCUAUGGGAGAAAUACACAGGAGGUGUUGUUUUAUUUGCUUGGAUGCAAUUUCUCAAGGAGCAGACUCUGGAGUACUUGAAGAUUAACUCACCAUAUGAAAUACAAGUUUGUGGGUUUGCGGGUAUAAAGAAUAACUCUGAGAUAGCUGAUACCUUUAGUGCCACAGGCCCAGCACAAGCAGAGAUUAGGGACGACCGGGCUAUCCAGGACAUGGAAUCUGUCUCUGCCCUUAUUGAGUGCAUCUUGGACUUUAAUGAGGCUCAGCAGAAGAAGUGCUUUGAUAGUAAAUCAUAUAUGUGCAACAUUUGCUUCUCAGAAAAGCUGGGCAGCGAGUGCACUAAUUUUAAGGAUUGUCAGCAUGUCUACUGCAACGAAUGCCUUAAGGAUUAUUAUACAGUUCAGAUACAGGAUGGGCAGGUCAAGGCUCUUAACUGUCCUGAACAAAAGUGUCCUUCUGUUGCUUCACCUGCACAGGUGAAGGUGCUGGUUGGGGAAGAAUUGUUCAGCCGCUACGACCGUCUUCUACUGCAGUCCAGUCUGGAUUUGAUGGCAGAUGUGUUGUACUGCCCACGUCCCAGCUGCCAAACUCCAGUCAUGCUGGAGCCUGGGGGCAAAAUGGGUAUUUGUUCCAGCUGCAAGUACGCUUUCUGUACCAACUGCAAACAGGUGUACCAUGCAGUCUCAUAUUGUAAUAUAACAUCAGAAAAGCUUCUCUUAGUGCGUGAUGAAUACGUGGAGGCAGAUGAGGCUGGUAAGAGGUUGUUGGAGAGACGCUAUGGCAAAGAUUUGAUAAUAAAAGCAAUAGAGAUGAAAUCCUCUGAAUGGCUGCAGAUGAAUACCAAGCUGUGCCCAAGCUGUAAAGCUAAUGUCCAGAAAGUGGACGGCUGCAACAGGAUGUGUUGUGCAAGAUGUAAGGAAAACUUCUGUUGGCUGUGCUUCUCUGUACUGUCCAAAGAAGACCCGUACAAACAUUACAGUGAUACUUCAUUAAGCUGCUACGAUCAAUUGCACCAUGCAGGACAGGGUCCCAUGGAAAACAGAUGAUGAAGACUGACCAGCGGUACAUAAGAAGUCUUGGAACCUUGCAGCAAAAGGCAAGUGGAGAAAAGGCAGAUCCGAUGUCCUUUAUGCAUUUGCCGAAAUGCUUGGCACUGGCCUGUCAGUAACAAAAAAGGAAAGUUGUGCUCACCACUAAUUUUUUAACCAUUGACUUGCAAUGAGGCUUUGACCCCAAAUUCACAAAGACAAAUACAAGACUCUGCACUAAAAAAUGCCUUACCCUUUAAACAAAACAGGGAUUGUUUGUCCAUAUAUUGCAAUAUAUUUAAGCUGGGCAACUAUGUCAAAGUCAUCCCAUAUCUGGCCAGUCCUACACUCAAAUUGCAUUUGAUUCAAUAAGAAUUCUAUUGCUUCAUUAUACAUUUUACACAGGGACUACAUUUUACCUGCAACUCGCCUUGCUGUUUUCAAGGUUGCUGGCCUGUCAGUACUGUCAAACUGAACAUAUUUCAGCAUGGAAUCCAUACUGAAAUUUAGCCAGUGUGUAGACUAGGGAAGACUUGCCCAACAAAUAAAUGGUAGGAAAAUGUAGGCUUUACAUGUCCUUUAAGACAUAGCAUAGAAUAUGAGACCAACUAGGUGUAAACGCAAAGUAUGAUUAAAAGAAACUUUAUAUACAUAGCCUGUACCUCAUAUCUUAGUGUCUGUCUGGUGGCAGAUAAACAAAUCAGGAUGACAUUAUACAUCUAACAACAUAAUGUAGGUUUUAGCAC